AUGACCGUCACAGCGCCCUACCCUACUGCCCUCACCACCACAAUCGAUAACUCUCGAUUGAGGUUGCUCAACAAAAUGAAGGCUGGCGAAUUCCCGCUCAUGACUUUCAUGGCCAUUCCCUCCAUUCGCCAAGCCCAGAUCGUUGCCCUUACUGGCGUCGACGGUAUCAUCAUUGACUGCGAGCACGGUCACAUUGGCGAUGAUGCCAUGCACAACUCUGUCGCAGCCAUCUCUGCUCUCGGUGUCUCCCCCGUGAUUCGCAUCCGCGGCCCCGCCCACGAUAUCCUCAAGCGUGCCCUUGACACCGGUGCCCAUGGCAUCAUGGUUCCCCAGAUCAACAACGCCGCAGAGGCCGAGCAGAUUGUGGCCUCUUCCAAGUUCCCCCCUCAGGGUGUGCGUGGCCAGGGCUCUGCUUUCCCCGCUAUCGGUCACGGCCUCACAACCCCGGAGUACAUGAAGUCCGCCAACGAAACCAUUAUCACCAUGAUUCAGAUCGAGACUCGCGCCGGUGUUGAGAAUGUCGAUGCUAUCUGUGCCGUUCCCGGUGUUGACCUUGUCUUUAUCGGCCCCAAUGACCUCGCUCAAUCCCUGCUUGGAUACACACCUGCUCGCGGCGAUGAGCCUGAGUUCGUUAACGCUGUGAAUAAGAUCAUUGCUGCUGCUCGCAAGCACGGCAAGUGGGCUGGUCGCAUGGUCAACAACGGUUCCGCCGCCAAGGAGGCGCGCGAAAGAUACGACACUGUCGCCAUUACUGGUGACACCAAGGCUAUCCAGAACUGGUAUAUGGCAGAGUUCGAAGUUGCCCGUUCAUGA